UUUCCGCGGGCGCGCUUCCACGCGGCGCUAAUUCAUGCCCUUGGCGAUUGGCGAACGGCUGGAGAUGGUCUAUGCUAGACCGGCCAGGCCCAUCAGCUCUGGAAGAACGGGCGGCGGUAAGAGCGGCCACGCUGCCGUCGUCGUCGCCUUCCUCCUCGAUCCCCCGUCGUGCUUGCUCGCGAUCCAUUCUACAGGGAGGCGAAACCCUCCGCACGCCAUGGGCGACCACUACGGUACGCUCGGGGUGCGGCGCGACGCUACCAAGGCCGAGGUCAAGGCCGCCUUCCGCCUCCGCGCCCUGCGCGACCACCCCGACCGCCACGCCCAAUCCGGCGACGCCGGUGCCCGAGCCGAAGCCGCGCGGCGCUUCCGCCAGGCCUCCGACGCCUACCACGUCCUCUCCGACGACCGAAGGAGGGCCGAGUAUGACCUCCGUCUCCGCUCUUCCUCCUAUGUCCGCACAUCCUCCACCACCUGGGCCUCCUCCUCGGGUUCGCACGGCUACGGCUACGGGCACAGAGAAAGUUCUUGGCGGCGGCCUCCUCCGGGAGGUGGCCGUGCCUCGGCGGGGUACCAUUGGGGCUUGUUGCUGAAGGCUAUGACGCGGCGAAGGUUCCUUCUCAAUCUCGGCUUCUCCAGUGUAUUGCUUUCCGGUGCAGCUUUUCUUGAUGGAAGUAUUCUGGAACUCUGGAACAUGAAUAACUCUGGGAAAUCCUUUGAAGAAGCAAUGGAGUCGAUUGAGAAGGUAAAAGGAGAGAAGGGAAAUAGGUAGAAGUAGAUAAGUUGCAUAAAUUGUGGUACAUUGGUACAUAGACAAACCAUUGUGCAUAUUGUUGUUCAGAUCCUUCUGUAAUACUCCCUGUCUCAAAAUACAAGAUGCUUUUUGACACUAAAAAACGUCUUCUGUACAGUUGGAAUAAUAUGUUUGUGACAAAGUGACGACUGAUUACCUGAUCAGGGAUGACAAUGAUGUGCAUCUAUGCCUAAGGUUCUUCCAGUGUAAAGAUUCAAACAAUUUGUCUUUUAACCUCCUCUAAUCAUAUUUUGUUUCGUUGGAA